AUGUAUUCAUUAAAGUCAUUUGUAAUUGUAGCGCUAAUUUGCACGUCUUUAACCGUAUCUAGCCAAAAUGCUGACAGUCAACAAGCCCGGUUAUUAGUAUCCAAACAAGUUCUUAACAAAUUACUAGUUCAAGACUCUGACAUCUUAGUUAAAUAUACCAUUUACAAUGUGGGAAGUGUGCCGGCGACAAAUGUUGUACUACAGGAUUCAGGAUUCCCCGAUGAAGCAUUUGCCACAGUCAAAGGAAAUUUGAAUAUUCGUUUUAACAGAAUUCCAUCUGGCGCAAAUGUUACUCAUGCUGUUGUCAUCAAACCUCUUACGUAUGGGCGAUUCAACUUUACAGCUGCGGUUGUACAAUACAAAUCAUCAGAAGGGGCUGAAGAGCCACAAUUUGCAAUAAGCAGUGAACCCGGUGAAGGAUACAUCAUCAGUUAUGCUGAAUACGACAAGAAAUUCUCCCCUCAUUUGCUUGAUUGGUUUGUAUUUGCAAUAAUGACUCUGCCAGCUGUGGUAGGACCAUUCAUGUUGUGGUGGGUUAGCAAGAGCAAGUAUGAAUUAAUAUUGAAACAAAAACGUGAAAAAGUGUCUAAAGAUUAA